AUGGAGAUGCUCUCGGGCUUGUUGCUGCUCCUUGUGGUCUGCUGCAUCCUUCUCAUCUUGAGGUGGAAGAGUGCCGCAAGCAAAGGCCUCCUCCCCCCUGGGCCCACCCCACUCCCCCUGCUGGGGAACUUCUUCCAACUGGACCGCAAGAAUGUGAUCAAGUCCCUAAUGAAGAUGAGCGAGGAGUAUGGGCCGGUGUUCACUGUGCAUCUGGGAUUCCGGCGAGUUGUGGUCCUGUGCAGCUACAAGGUGGUGAAGGAGGCCCUGGUGGAGCGGGCCGAGGAGUUCAGUGGGCGUGGGCAGCUCCCAGCCUUCUCCAAGGAUUUCAAGGAGCACGGAGUUGUAUUUUCCAAUGGGGAGCGGUGGAAACACCUUCGUCGCUUCUCUCUGCACACACUGAGGAAUUUCGGGAUGGGAAAACGAUCUAUUGAGGAGCAAAUCCAGGCAGAGGCCCAGUUCCUAGUGGAGGAGCUUCGUAAAACUGAAGAGGUGCCCUUCGACCCAGUCUUCAUUAUCAGUCGUGCCGUAUCCAACGUCAUCUGCUCUGUUGUUUUUGGGAAUCGCUUCGAAUACGACGAUGAGAAAUUCCUCAUAUUGAACAGGCUGAUAACAGAGAGGUUCCGUGUUGCUAGCUCACCCAUGGCUCAGCUGUACAACAUGUUCCCAGAGAUCAUGGACAAAAUCCCUGGACCUCACCACAGAGGCAGCAAAUGCUCCCAGGGGAUUAUCAGCUUCAUUCUGGAAAGAAUCGAGAUGCAGAAGGCCUCGUUGGAUCUCUGCAUGCCCAAGAAUUACAUCGACUGCUUUUUAGCUAAGAUGGAACAGGAAAAACAGAACCCAGAGUCUGAAUUUUGCUUGGAGAAUUUGGUGAUGACCACAUUCAAUUUAUUCUUUGCUGGUACAGAGACAAUCAGCACCACCCUGAGAUAUGGGUUCCUCAUCCUGCUGAAAUAUCCACACGUACAAGAAAAGAUUCACGAGGAAAUUGACCGAGUGAUCGGGCGAGAUCGGAUGCCAGCCAUCAAGGACAGGAGCAAAAUGCCUUAUAUGGAGGCAGUGCUGCAUGAGAUCCAGCGGUUCAGUGAUAUCCUCCCUAUGAGCCUUCCUCAUGCAGUCACCCAUGACACCCACUUCCGGGGAUACGUCAUCCCUAAGGGAACUGAUGUCUACCCGCUGCUCACCACUGUGCACUUUGACCCAGAGCAGCACUCCAACCCCCAUGAGUUUGACCCCAGGAGAUUCUUGGAUGCCAGAGGCUGCUUUCAGAAGGUGGACGCUUUCAUGCCUUUCUCAGCAGGGAGGCGUGUAUGCCUGGGCGAGGGGCUGGCCCGCAUGGAGCUGUUCCUCUUCUUCACUGCCAUCCUGCAGACCUUCACCCUCACGUCUCCCGUGCCGCCUGGGCAGAUCAGUCUUGUGCCUGCUGUGAGUGACCUCGGGAAGGUGCCUCCUCUGUAUCAGCUCUCAAUGCUCCGUCGCUGA